AUGUCGGGACUCAAGACCCAAUCGGCGAUUAUCAUGAAAGGUCUAGGAGAGGCACAGGUCGAGCAUAACUUGUCUAUACCUUCUCCAGAUCCAUCUGAACUUUUAAUUCGGACACGCGCUGUUGCACUCAAUCCAUCUGAUUGGAUGGCACUCGAUACAUUUGCAAGGCCGGGUGCUGGGGUUGGUUACGAUUUUGCUGGUGAAGUUGUCGAAAUAGGCGAGAACGUACAGUUCCACUGGUCUGUCGGAGACCGGGUAGCUGGAUUUGUGCAUGGAUGUCAUGCUGCAAAUUAUACCAUUGGAGCGUUCCGUGAAUACCUUACUGCAGAUGCAGAGCUUGUGAUACGCUUGCCGGAUAAAGUGUCCUUUGAAGCUGGCUCAACACUCGGUAUGGGUAUAAGCACAGCGGCGCAAGCUUUGUAUCAAUCUUUGCUUCUUCCUUUACCAGGGCUCAGUCCAAUCUUGGCAAAUCAAACCAUCUUGAUAUACGGCGGAUCUUCUGCCACUGGCACACUUGCGAUUCAGCUUGCGAAACUAUCUGGACUUCGCGUCAUCACAACAUGCUCGUCUCGGCAUAUAUCAUGGAUGCAAUCAUUGGGCGCUGAUGAGAUCAUCAACUACAAACAUCCCGACGCCGUUCAACAAAUUGUGCAACUUGUUCAGAAAAGUGGUUUGUCCCUGAUUCUCGAUUGUAUCGGGAAUCAAGCCACUGCAGAGUUCUGCUACCAAUGUUUCACUCCAUCUAAGGACGAAGGAAACCAGCCAACCUAUAUCUAUGCCCCCCUGAUGCCGAUAUUGAACGCUCAACUCAAGAGCAGCUCUUUGCCAUCUUCUGCUAUAGUACAUAACAAAUGGAGGUUUGUGUAUACUUGCUUCGGAAAGCGGUUCACUAUUAUUAUGGACAAUGAGGCUGUAAAUGGAACAUGGCAGCCUUCGAUCGAAGACAAAAGGUUCAUGGUAUCAUUUUACCGACGGGUUGAGGGUUUGCUCGCAAAUGAUAAAAUACAGGUGAUGCCUCGCGAGGCCAAAGAGGGAGGGCUGCAAAGUAUCAUGGAUGGAAUCUCCCUUAUACGAGCGGGGGAGGUUCGUGGGAAGAAACUUGUGUACCCUAUUCUUUGA